CUCUCUCUCUCUCUCAAAUUCCAAUCCGAACCCUAAUUUGUUCUCAGAUCUAAUUCACAUGGCUUCCAACAACCCCGACCUCACCAAAGCCCCCAAACGCCGCUCCAACACAUCGCCAAGGGUCCGACUCGUGGCGAAGAUCGGCGGCGCUCCAGAUCCUGCGGCGGAGCCUUCCGUCGGAGCGUCGUGGAUCUCGGUGAACAGAGACGCUUCGGAGAGUGUCACUCUCUCCUUCAGAGACGAGUCUGCAAGCCGUAAAGAGUCGUAUGAAUUGGACUCUUGCUAUGACCAAAAUGAGGAUAAUGGUCUGAUAUUUAUUCGAGAAGUGAAGUCUUUGAUUCCAGGAGUUUUUGAGGGUUGUAAUGCUACUGUCAUUGCUUUGGGAGCUAGAGGUAGUGGAAAGACUAGCUUAAUUCAGGGUUCGAGUGAGAAACCAGGUUUGGCGAUGCUGGCAGUCGAUGAAAUUAUGUCAAUGGCUGAGAAAAAGGGAUGUUCAAUUACUGUAUCCUCGUAUGAGGUUUAUCAGGACCACGUUUAUGAUAUAUUGGAUCCAUCACGUACAGAAGUUUUGGUACUGGGAGACGCUCAAGGAAAAAUUCGACUUAAAGGGCUUUCUCAGGUGCCUGUGAAGUCCAUGUCAGAGUUCAGCAAAUUGUAUGUUAGUGGGUGUACUACCCGUAAACAAGCACCAAAGGGGCCAGCUGAACUUUCUCUUAGGCGCCACAAGGGAUUGAUAGUAUAUGUAUCAUCUCAAGGAGAAAAUUCUGAUACCCUUCAAGUCAGCAAGUUAAACUUUAUUGACUUAGCAGGUUAUGAAGAUACAAGAAGGAAGAGCAUUGAUUGUGUUAAUCAUGUUGAGAGCAGUAAAAUCAAUAAGUCAGUCUAUGCGAUGAUCAAUGUUGUUAAUGCAGUGAGUUCCAAUGGAAACCAUGUGCCUUAUCGGGAAAGCAAACUCACACACUUAUUGCAAGACUCCCUGGGAGGGAUGAGUAGAGUUCUGACGAUCACUUGCUUGAAACCAUCAUUUUGUCAAGAUUCCAUUUACAUGGUAAGCUUGCUGUCUCGCUCUUCUCAAAACACCAAUCAGCCUGUCACAGGCUCAACAAAGAAAAUUAAAGGUCUGACAAGAUCAGAAGUGCGUUCAUCACAUAAGGGCCAUAUAUCUAUGACCACUUCUGCUAUAGAAAAAAAACAAACUGUCUCCCGAUUGCCACUCUCUGAGAAGAAACUCAACAGACCUCUUUCUUCUAAGAAAGAAAAUAGUAGUAUGACUUCCGCAGUGAAAGGAAGGAAACUAUUUGAUGAAAGAAGUCAUUUGACCAAAUCAAUGAAGGCAAAUGCUAUCUCAGAUAUUGUCUCAACCAUAGAAGCUUGUGUAGCUGAGAAGGAAGAUACCAUUUCAACUGUUACUGAAGGAACCGAGCAGCUUAAAUCUGAGAAUCCAUCAUCAGUUGCUUUUAAUCCAGUAGAACCUAUUGCUAUUAUGGAAAAGGAUGAGUUAUCAGAUGAUCCAAAGCAUGCGGAACUUUCUUUGAAUGAAGAAAAGGAUUAUCUACUACUGGAUGGUCUAAAGCAUGUUGAAGAUAAUUCAAUUGCAGAAAAGGAUGCUUCUGUGAAUGAUGAUUGCUCUACUGAAGAAGUUAACCCUAGUGAAGAUACCAGCAGCAGAUAUGCAUUGGCUUUAGUUGACGAAGUGCAUGGCAUAGAGAAGGAGAACAAUAACAUCCCAAACAAUGAAAAUGCAUCGCCUCCAAUCAGUGCAAGGUUACAGGAAUUAGCAUUAAAAAUGAAAUCACUUUGUUCUUCAACUCCAUUGUGCAUGAAGGUGCCAGAGGAGAAAGAUACUUUAUCCGAUAACUUCUUCUGCACUGACGCUGCAGAACCAAAUGCCCUAGUUUCCAAUCUGGAUAUAAGCCACAAUGAUAGUUGGGAGCUUGCGAAUGCCAACAACAUUACGGAACCACGGACUCCAGCUGCCAAACAGGAUAUAACAUACAAUGACAGAUGGGAGGCUGCAAAUGUCAACAGCCCUUGGGAAACGCUGAGUGUCCGCAGUACUGGUGUCAAGCAAUCUCUUGUUCAAGAAUAUCUUAGCUUCUUAAACACCGCUAGCAAGGAAGAUUUGAUAAGAUUAAAGGGAAUUGGAGAGAAAAGAGCAACGUAUAUACUGAGUUGCCGUGAAGAAUCUCCUGAACCCUUCAAGAGCCUUGAUGAUCUACAAAGUAUUGGACUUUCAGUGAAGCAGGUUAAGAACUUAAUGAAGAACGCAGGAGAGAUGCUUUUUAAUUAGUCAUGUUUUCGAGAAUCACCAUAUAAUGAGUGCAUUUUUGUUUUAGUCUGUAGAGUUAUGUACCAGAAGAACAAAACUUGAUAUGGCAAUAUAAAAUUGCCUUGCAAUUUCUUGUAACUUGC